AAACAGCCUCCAGUGUAGCCACUGCAUGUGCUGCUUCUCUCUCUCUAUGUCUCUCCAUACAAGGUAACAGGAUCCAUAUUUCGCUCCUAUUGCACAUUCCUUACUUUCCUUCAAAUCUCUUCAAAUUCAUCUACUUUUUCCCACUACAUUACCCUUCUCUAUUCCUUCUCAAAUCCAUCCAAAGCAGUGUCCAAACCCUAGGUUUCGAGAUUCCAACUUUCCGUUCCCAAUUCGAGCGAAAAAAAGAUUUGGUUUCGUCGAGCUUGAGCGUGUGAAUCGAAGCUUAAUUUAUUGAGAUUUCGAGGUUAGUUUGGUGUUCCUGUAAUUGAAUGUGUGAAGAAAUGGGCAAGUACGAGCUUGUGAAGGAUUUAGGAUCUGGAAAUUUCGGUGUCGCGAGGCUUAUGCGGAACAAAGAAACCAAAGAGCUCGUCGCUAUGAAAUACAUCGAUAGAGGGCACAAGAUUGAUGAGAAUGUGGCAAGGGAGAUCAUAAAUCACAGAUCGCUUCGACACCCUAAUAUCAUUCGAUUCAAAGAGGUUGUUUUGACUCCAACCCAUCUUGCUAUUGUCAUGGAGUACGCAGCUGGUGGUGAGCUCUUUGAGCGAAUCUGCAAUGCCGGAAGAUUCAGCGAAGAUGAGGCUCGAUACUUCUUCCAGCAGCUUAUUUCUGGAGUCAGCUACUGUCAUACCAUGCAAAUAUGCCACAGAGAUUUGAAGCUGGAGAAUACCCUGUUGGAUGGAAGCCCUGCACCACGGCUGAAAAUUUGUGAUUUUGGAUACUCAAAGUCAUCUCUGCUGCAUUCAAGACCCAAAUCAACAGUUGGCACUCCUGCGUAUAUAGCGCCGGAGGUUCUUUCCAGGAGAGAAUAUGACGGCAAGUUAGCAGAUGUAUGGUCGUGUGGGGUGACUCUGUAUGUAAUGCUGGUGGGAGCAUACCCUUUUGAAGAUCAAGAAGACCCCAAGAAUUUCAGGAAAACUAUCCAACGAAUAAUGGCUGUCAAUUACAAGAUCCCUGACUAUGUUCAUAUAUCCCAAGAUUGCAAACACCUUCUUUCUCGUAUAUUUGUUGCUGUUUCGUCCAGGAGGAUCAGCAUUAAGGAAAUCAAAAGUCAUCCGUGGUUUCUGAAGAACUUGCCUCGGGAACUAACUGAAGCAGCUCAAGCCAUGUAUUACAGGAAAGAAAACCCUAGCUUUUCUGUCCAAAGUGUGGAGGACAUCAUGAAAAUUGUGGAAGAGGCUAAAUCUCCUCCUCCAAUUUCGCGCUCAAUUGGAGGCUUUGGCUGGGGAGGGGAAGAAGACGAAAUAAAGGAGGAAGAAGAAGUAGAAGCGGAGGAAGAAGAUGAAUACGAAAAGGCAGUUAAACAGGCACAUGCGAGCGGGGAAGUUCACUUCAGCUAAGGAUUAAUUUAUCUGUUUUUAUUACUUAAUUAUAAAAUUGAUCACUUUGGAAAUUGGAAUCUAAUCUGGGGUUGUAUAAAGUCAGUUCACUUGCUUUAGAAGAUCAUGUGUAAUGCUAUGUUGAAUUAUUUUUUAUAUUUAUUUUUAUUUUCUAUGAUCAGAUGCUAUGUUGAACUUGAAAGAUAGAUUUUAAAAAGUUUGCACCUAAGGAAUUUGAGUAGACAUGGUUACUUUUGUGA